CAUCUAAUCAUGACAAAACAAGGUGCAAAAGCAAUAUGGGGUCAACAUCCUUGCAAGCUUUUCAAUAUUCUGUUUGCCACUGUUUUAUAUAGCAGUGAAGUCUUCGCAGGGUCCUACCUUCUUUCAUGCAAAAGACCAUGCAGCCGCUCCAGUAUUCAUGCAACAACAGAAAAUCAGAAAUGCUACACAUACCUUUACUUGGUGUUGCUCUUGUGUUAUUUCUCUCCUUGGCCUCUCCUGCCAUCUCCUGCAAAGAAGAGGAGAAGACCUCCCUCUUUGAGUUCCUCAAUGGUCUCUCUCAAGCCUCUGGCCUCACCAGUUCAUGGCAGAAUGACACAAACUGCUGUCUAUGGGAGGGUGUCAUUUGCAAUGUAGAUGGAACUGUCAUAGACAUCUCACUAGCUGCUAUGGGCCUUGAGGGGCACAUAUCACCCUCACUUGGCAAUCUCAACGGCCUGUUGAAGCUCAACCUAUCUGGCAACUUGCUCUCCGGUGAACUCCCACCGAAACUGUUGCUCUCUAGAAGCCUUACUGUCCUCGACGUCAGCUUCAACAAGCUCAGUGGAGAAUUCCAUGAGCUGCAAUCCACCCCUGACAGUGCAAUGAAGGUAAUGAACAUCUCAAGUAACUUUCUGACAGGAUAUUUUCCAUCCACCACAUUAGAGGGCAUGAAGAAUCUGGCUGCUCUCAAUAUGAGCAAUAAUAGCUUUGCUGGGGAAAUUCCAAGCACAGUUUGUGUUGAUAAACCAUUCUUCGUGGUCCUUGACCUUAGCUACAACCAAUUCAUUGGUAGAAUACCCCCAGAGCUUGGUAAUUGCUCUGGUUUGAGAGUGCUUAAGGCUGGCCAGAACCAACUCAAUGGGACCCUUCCAGCUGAGAUCUUCAAUGUUACCUCACUAGAGCACCUCUCUUUCCCUAACAACCAUUUGCAAGGAACACUUGAUCCUGAGCGUGUAGGAAAACUCAGAAAUUUGGCCAUCCUCGAUCUUGGGUGGAAUGGGCUAAAUGGCAAGAUCCCAAAUUCUAUUGGGCAGCUCAAGAGGCUGGAGGAGCUUCACUUAGACAAUAACAACAUGUCUGGAGAGCUGCCACCAGCCCUUAGCAGUUGCUCAAAUCUCACAACCAUCAUCCUUAAAGACAACAACUUCCAAGGAGAUCUCAAACGUGUCAACUUCUCCACCCUGUCUAAUCUAAAAUUUUUAGAUUGCAGGUCAAACAAAUUCACUGGCACAAUUCCAGAGAGCCUUUACUCCUGCAGCAACCUUAUUGCGUUGCGGCUAUCUUUCAACAACCUUCAUGGUCAAUUUUCAUCAGGGAUAAACAAUCUCAAGUCCCUCAGAUUCCUAGCUCUCGCUCACAACAAUUUUACAAAUAUCACAAACACGCUUCAAAUCCUCAGUAAGUCCAGGUCACUCGCUCUCGUGCUAAUUGGGGGCAACUUCAAGCAUGAGACCAUGCCAGACUAUGAUGAAUUUCAUGGCUUUGAGAAUCUUAUGUGUCUUGCCAUAAAUGAAUGUCCACUGUAUGGAAAGUUACCUAACUGGCUGGCUAAGCUCAAAAAUUUGCGAGGGUUGCUGUUAGACAACAACAAACUCAGUGGACCAAUACCAGCCUGGAUUAAUAGCUUAAACCUUCUUUUCUAUCUUGACAUAUCCAAUAACAAUCUUACCGGUGACAUACCAACAGCACUGAUGGAGAUGCCAACGCUUGAGGCAGCUCACUCUGACCCAAUAAUACUUAAGUUUCCUAUCUACCUGACACCAUUUCUUCAAUACCGUACAACCAGUGGCUUCCCUAAAAUGUUGAAUCUAGGAAACAACAAAUUCACCGGUGUAAUUCCCCCAGAGAUUGGCCAGCUACAAGCACUCCUUACACUCAACUUGAGCUUCAACAACUUACAUGGGGAGAUCCCGCAAUCAGUCGGCAACCUCACGAAUCUGCAGGUGCUAGACUUAUCCUACAACAAUUUGACUGGUGCAAUCCCUUCUGCACUGGAGAGGCUUCACUUCCUUUCCAAAUUCAACAUUUCCAGAAACGAUCUAGAAGGGCCUGUUCCAACUGGAGGCCAGUUCAGCACAUUUCCAGAUUCUAGCUUUUUUGGAAACCCAAAGCUGUGCAGCGCUACGCUGAUGCGCCACUGUAAUUCAGUAGAUGCAGCUCCAGUCUCUGUUGUCUCCACAGAAGAGUACACCGACAAGGUCAUCUUUGCGAUGGCCUUUGGUAUGUUCUUCGGUGUCGGAGUGCUGUAUGACCAGAUGGUCCUAUUCAGAUAUAUUUAUUUCGUCUGA